CGCGGCGAUCGACGGGGCCCGGCCGACGUGAACGCGCGUAUCGAACGAUCGCCGCGGUUGUCCGCGGUAAGAGUAGUCGCCGGCAGUGUUGCUAUAGUCAGGUACCCGACAGGAAUAGAUCGACGAACUCGGCUUCGUCACACAUAUCGUGCGGGUUCGAUCGUCGCAUUAAAAAUAAUAUAUAAGACAUAUUAUAUUGCCGUGUUUCGCAGCUGCACUGCAUUCGGACGCUCGUCGUACACGGUAAAUAUCGCUAUACGUACCAUAUCAUAACAAUUUUAUUGUAACGUAUACACCAUCACACUCGCGCCCAGUCGAAAUGUUCAGCGGCAAAUGCACGAGUGCGGCCAGACUGGACGGCAAGACCGCCAUCGUCACCGGUUCGAACACGGGAAUCGGCAAAGUCACGGCCAAAGAAUUCUACAGAAUCGGUGCUAAGGUUAUUGUGGCGUGCCGGGAUGUUAAAAAAGCGGAACAAGCUGUUACGGAGAUAGUGGCCGAUGUAAAAGGUGAUAAUCUCGGACAGCUGGUCGUAGAGGAAUUGGAUUUGGCAUCUUUCGCUUCGAUUAAACGCUGUGCAAAAAAUAUUUUGCAAAAAGAAAAAAAUAUUCAUCUCUUAGUGAACAAUGCUGGGGUAAUGGCGUGCCCUAAGGGUAAAACCCAAGAUGGUUUUGAAACACAAUUUGGCGUGAAUCACUUGGGACACUUUCUAUUCACAUCACUACUAUUACCAAGAAUCCGAAAUUCAACGCCGGCUCGCAUCGUUAACGUUUCAUCAAUGGCUCACACAAGAGGUGUGAUUAAUUUUGAGGACAUAAAUUACGAUGCAAAUUACUCAUCCUUGGUAUCUUACAGUCAAAGUAAACUUGCCAAUGUGCUAUUUUCAAAAGAACUGUCUAAAAGGCUCGAAGGUACCGGAGUACAUGUGUACAGUCUACACCCCGGCAUUGUACAAACCGAAUUAGGCAGGACGAUCGACCAAGUGUACUUUCCUGGAAUGCGAUUCCUGGCCCGUUUGUUUCUCUAUCCGUGGUUAAAGACCCCAGAACAAGGAGCUCAGACUACUUUACAUUGUUCGAUAGACGAAAAAGCUGGAGAAGAAAAUGGUCUCUACUACAGCGAUUGUAAGGUAAAAGAACCAUCAGCUUUAGCCAAAGACCCAGAGUUGGCCAAAAAACUAUGGGAUAAAAGUAUUGAGAUGGUGGGCUUAAAGGAUUACGACAUGUUCAACUGCGAAGACACGUUGCCUGAACCCUUAAAAGACAUCGCACACCGUGACUUGGGCGUAAUGUUCAGCAGUAAAUGCAAGAGCAAGGCCAGGCUGGACGGCAAGACGGCCAUCGUCACCGGUUCGAACACGGGCAUCGGCAAAGUAACCGCAGGAGAAUUUUAUAGACUAGGUGCAAAGGUCAUAUUGGCGUGCCGGGACGUUAAAAAAGCGGAACAGGCCGUGACGGAAAUUGUAGCUGAAGUACAGGGCGACGGUCUCGGGCAAUUGAUCAUAGAGGAAUUGGAUUUGGCAUCAUUCGCUUCAAUUAAACGCUGUACUAAAAGUAUUUUACAAAAAGAAAAACAAAUUCACCUGCUAGUGAACAAUGCCGGCGUCAUGACGUGCCCUAAGGGUAAAACCGAAGAUGGUUUCGAACUUCAGUUUGGCAUUAAUCAUUUGGGACACUUACUAUUCACAUUGCUUCUGUUACCAAGAAUCCGAAGUUCAGCACCAGCUCGCAUUGUAAUCGUGUCGUCUCUGGCACAUAUAUUCGGUUCAAUUAAUUUCAAGGACAUCAACCACGACUCAAAUUAUUCACCCGCUAUUGCUUACAGCCAAAGUAAACUGGCUAACGUGUUGUUUUCGAAAGAACUAUCGCGAAAACUUGAAGGGACCGGAGUUCAUGUGUACAGCUUGCAUCCCGGUAUUGUACGCACCGAAUUAACCAGAACACUCGACCAAGUAUACUUUCCGGGUAUGUGGUUCUUGGGUCGUAUCUUCCUUUAUCCGUGGGUCAAGAAUCCGAAGCAAGGAGCUCAGACCACUUUAUACUGUUCGAUAGACGAAAAAUCUGGAGCAGAGACCGGACUGUAUUACAGCGAUUGUAAGGUAAAAGAACCGUCAGCGUCAGCCAGAGACCCGGAGUUAGCGAAGAAACUUUGGGAAACUAGUAUAGAAAUGGUCGGCUUAAAGGAUUAUGACAUGUUCAACUGCAGUGGAGACACGCUCCCCGAACCUUUAAAAGACGUUUGAACGGAAAAUUUUGCUCGUUUUUUAUUAAUAAUAUAAAUGGUUUUGUUUUAUUUUUUUUUAAACAUAACUUUUAAUCUAUUUUUAUUUUUAUAAUAAAGGAAUUUUUUUUUAUCGAACA